AGUAACUAAAAGGAAAUGAAAAUAUCAGUGAACUUCUAAUUAUACCAUCAUUCGCAAGGAGAACUUAAUAAAUGUUUGCUAGUUAAUAAAAAAAAAAAAAAAAACAAAACCCAAAUAGUUGUACGCAUUGUACAUUGUAAAUUAUCGAGAUUAUAUGAAAACAUAAUCUGCAGACAAGCAGAAAAUUGUAGUUUAUGUCGACUUCGUCAAAUAGUUUUACAAAAAUAUUGUAAAAUUUAGAGAUUUUAUAAUGAAAACAAGUGCAGAUGUAAUUUGGUAAGGAGCAGCAAUGCAAACGCAAAAACAAGCUUGUAAAGUAAAGUAAACUUGCUGGAUGAGUAAGGCUGCCAGACUCACAGCUGUGUUUUAUUGUUGUUGUCAGAAGUAAACAACGAAAUUUUCUCAUAUGGCUGAAAUGCGCUAAUAAAAAGUAUCAAAUUUAAAAAAAUCUACUAUUGAAAGAACGCAACGCGAUUUGAAAAAGACAAGUAUUAGAAGUUUCGAAAAUUUUGUUGUCAAAUUAGUGAAAGGAACAAUAAGAGAUAAAAGCGGGAGAACUAAAAGACUAAAACAAGAGUUGCCAAAAUAUUAUAAGAGAAAAUUGUCGAAUUUUUUCUUAUUGCGAGAAAAGUAGUAGAAUUUCAGGUUGCAGAGAAAGAAAAACUAUUACCAGCAAAAAGAAAAAAGAAGAGAAAACCGAAAAUGGUAAUUCGGAAAUUUAUAGAGUUCAUGAAAAAUUUAUAUAUGUAAAGAUAAUUUAUGCCAAAAUCUAAUAUUGAAUAAAUUUCUUUCGCAAAAAACCAAUUGGGCAAUAAUAAAAAGGGUGAAAUGCUCUCAAACAGGCAGUUGCUCACCCUACGCCCGCAUCUUAUAUUAAACAAGCAUUAAACUAUAUUAGUGGUCUUUGAGAUACGACAAUGAUUUUGAUUAUAAGUUUUCUUUCAGUAAUAAUAUCACUUGAAUUGGGACAGAAAGAGUAAAUACCACCAUCACUUUGUUGCGGGCGAAAUAUGAAAACAGCAAGCACGGAUGCAGCUGUAUUAUUAACAAAAUACCUUUUAAAUACCAAGUUUAAUUCAAAUGUAUAUGGGGAUCCUCCCAAAGAACAGAGUUUUGUAGUUAGUGGUAACUUCAAUCAUACUGAGAUGAAUUCAAAUAUGGAAGGGACCACGACAACCCAUAUCAACCUGUUAGAUGAUGAUGACGAAAAAGAUCCUUUGGCAUUGGAUACUUCCUCGGGAGGGCGGAGUUCUACGGAGGAUUCGCAAAGCAGUGCUCCUACGAGUUCAAAACAUUCACACAGUUUAAGACGUCAUGUUCCACGGAUAAUAGUUAAACCCAUACUGCCGGAUAAAAAGUCCACGACCAUGACGAUAGCAGCAAGCAGUAUAAGUGAGACUGCAAGCACUACCGUGGGCCAAGCGAGCAGCUCUGCCAAUAACUGCAGUCCAUCCAGUAGAGGCAGCAGUAGUCGACGUAUACAACAACAACAGGCUAAGGCAGCAAUAGCUGCUGCUUCGGCAGUUGUGACAAACACGACAACAAGUACCAUGUCUUCAGCAGCACAACUCCCUACAGCGAUAACGCAAGCAUCAACGAUGCGUGAAGUUUUGGCCUCAAUACCGGGAUUCAGCAUAAAACCGCGCAGAAGAUCGAGUAAAAAAAUAUCAACUGCCGCUCAAAUUGAGCAGACAAAAGAUGGUAAAAUUGACUUGGAAACUCCUGAUUCAAUUUUAGCAUCAACUAACCUUCGGGCUUUACUUAAUAAGCAAACGUUUUCUAUGCUCCCACCUCUAUACCAGUAUAAUUUAAUACAGCUACUGCCCAGCGUGGAUCGCGAGGCCAUCGAAAUGGAGCACAAAUACCCGCCUAACACUGUACCUACGGAAGCUAUACGACUGGGUCCAUCCAGUCUUAAUAAUGAAUUCUUUGCACGUGCUUGUCUUGAAUGGCGCGAACGUCUUGCUGAAGGAGAAUUCACUCCCGAAAAUCAAAUGAAACUUAAAACAGAAGCGGAGCGUGAAAAAAACAAACUAGACCCUUGGAAGCUAAAACAUUUUGAACCAAUAUGGGGUGAGAAAGCCGCAAACCGGGCAAGCAGCAGCCGUAGCAGUGAGGCCAAUUUACAUAGUUCUAAGAGAAGAGCAGAAAGUACCGCUGUAACGCAGACGAUAACUUCGACAUCAAUCACCAGUGCCUCGAGUUCCAGCAUACAUAAAGUCGCAAGUUCUUCCUUAGAUCCCUCAACCUCUAGCACAACUUUCAAUUUCACUAAUAUGCGAGAUACUCAAACCCUCCCCUUUAAAAAUGAGUCGGAAAAACUCUCAAUCGCGACUGUUAACAAAGAAAGCUUUACCAGCGACAAAAAACUAGAACAGAUACCUGCAAAUUUGAAUGCUAAGCACCCGGAUAUUGUCUCGAUAAUUAACAUUAAGGAGGAAGAUGAUAUAAAGAUAAAGACUGAAUGUACUCAGGAAAUGAGUAUUUUGGGCAAAGCCGUAAGAAAUAAUGACAACUCUUCGACUUCCUCAAUUAUAGAUGCUUCAAGACGUGGAACUAAGCGUUCUUCUGCAAGUCCCUCGUCAAAGGAAAGCUGCAAAAAAUCCGAUGAGGCUACCGAAGAAAAGCAAUUAAAAAUGGAAAUUAAACAUUUGGGCAAUGUUCCUAGAGAAUUGUCAUCGACGGGUAGUGGUGGCAUAUACACUAAUGAGUUAUACUCAACAACAAAGGUUGUAAGUCAAAUCCUAACUUCAACAAAAAAGGAACCCAGCGAAGAUGUCAUUGAUGCAUUAGUAAAAGUAACAGCGACAUCAGUGUCAAAUACGUCUCAGUACCUUAACCCGCCUGAAAAUAUUACCACUAACAGACAGCAACUAUCAAGGGCCAUACACGAGGGAAAUGUUACCUGUGCCUCGAUUAGUAUGACUGACGGAAACCCUUCUAUGUUAGUUAUGCCUUUGUUGUCAAAUAGAAACAGUACCUGUGAUAGUACACCACAUAGAGAAAACGAUGCCAUGGAAUGCGACGUUAUGGUUGCGUCUACGGAUCAGUCGGCGUCCCAAAUUGAAGAAGUACCCUUAGAUUCCGCAAUACAACUGGAUAAUUGUACAAAUAAUACCUUAGAUGAUGACGACGAUGAUGAUCUAAUUGAACAGAAAUUUGCAGACGCUGAAAAUUAUGUUUUAGAAUCGGGUGAAGUUAGCACUGACAACAGCGCAGAUUCUAAACUUGCAAAAUCUAAUAUUAACACAAAUACAAAUGUAAUGACCACGCCUCAAAAGUGUUCUUCGAACGAGGCAGAUUUUGAAUACAAUAUACCUCUUGACCAUGUUAUUAGCACUCAAGGAAAUUGUUCCGAUAUAAUUCAAGAGAAUAUGCUCUUGAAUACGACGAGCAUGCUAUCAUCUGCUGCAGCAUCCAAUUCGCCUUCAUCAUCACUAACUUCAGCUAUUUCGUCGUCGGCAUCCGGGUCAUCGUCGUCGGUUAGCUUAGCCGAGAUGAAAGCUAUGAUAUCGUCGGUUGUUUCGUUUGCCGGUGCUCAGAAUUCAGUUAAGUCAGCUCAAGCGAUACAAUCGCAUAAUGCGACGGAAAAUAGCCACAAUAAAAUAUUUCAUCACUUACAACACGAUUGGAAUUUCGGAAAUAUCAAAAUUGAGGAAGAAGAUCAUCCUACGUCAAGUAAUUUCAAUAAUUUAUUGCAAUCACAACAAGGAGUUAUAAUUAAAAUAGAUGGCAUGGAUGUGGGCGAAGUAGGAGGAAAUCAACCGCCGGGUGUCUCUGCUACGGUUGAGAUUAACAGUAGUGAUCAGGAGGCAAGUGGUGAAAGCAGCGCACAAAAUAUUAUGGAAGAGUUCAUAGAUGAUGACAAUAUACUAGACGACGAUGAUGGAUGUAUGAGUGACAACAGUGCGGUUAAAGUGAUUGUGGGUGAAUUGCAACAACAACAUCAACAGUUAAUGCAAUUACAACAACAGCAACAUCAACAACAAGCUAACGGUGCACCCUUACAAAUGACAGCGCAACGACCCUUAGAUGCUCAAUAUCUGCAACACCAGCAUCAACAAGAACCCUCCGAGCCACAUUCGCAGCCGCCGCAACUGAACGAUUAUAUUGGAGAGUUGUCAACUGAAGUUAUGUGUGAGGUUCCAAUGUCCGCUGCUGAAAUGGAAGUGUCCAGCACGGUCCUUACCAGCAGCAAUUCUAACGAUAGCACUAAUGAUAUUAGUUUAUGCAGCAGUAAUAGCAGCUCAGUAAGUCUAAAUGCAAGCGGUAGCCUUAAUCAAGCCCCGCCAAAUUUGAGUCGCCUGCCUACCCAAACAAUUCAGAAUCCACCGCAACAAAGACAAAUACUCGUUGAUUCAAAUGGUCAAAUAAUCGGCAACUUCUUGCUUCAGCAGCAACAGCAACAACAACACCAGCAAUCGCAGCAACACUUGCAGCAGCAGCACCAACAACAACAACAGUUACUGCAGCAAGCAGCUCAACAAUUUACAUUUCAGGCUGCUCAACAGCAACAUGCAGUAUCGACGUUAGCAGCUCGGCAGCAGCAGCAACAACAACAGCAGCAACAACAUCAACAUCAGAUGGCCAACAAAAUGCUACCUGUGGUACGAAAAUCAUUUGAAUUGAAUACUAACGGUCAGCCACAUUUUCUCACGGGAUCUGGCAGUGUCCAACCGUCGACACCGGUGCCACCCCAGGCGUCCAUAGAGGCGACACAUCAGCAAUUGCAGCAAUACUCGAUGCCACAGCAGCACCAAACACAACAGAGAAAUUUUUUACCAAAUCCAGCACCGCAAAGCAAUAGCAGUCCACCCGGGCCUCAAAAUUUGUUAACCAAUCAUCAACAGCAACAGCUGCAAUUGCAGCAACAAUUACAUCAGCUGCAACAGCAACAACAGCAAUUAAAUACAUUUCAAACAUUGACUACGCAAACGCAACACCAACAGCAUCAACAACAACAAACAAAUUCUUUAGCCACAACUCCCAAAUAUAUUUCAAAACAAUUAAGUAUCAUCUCAAUGCCAGCACGGUCAAGCGUAGCUUCCACAACAGUUGCCAUUCCGUCCACAGCUACUACCGCCGCACCUCAUGCCCUGAAUGCAUUUAAUGCUGUGCUCAAUAAUUCAUCCGCUGCAAACGUGCUAAAGGCGUUACCACCUUCUGGGGUACCAACUACAAUUGCACAGCAGAGACCAUCGGUGAAAGUGCCUUCGAAUAAAGGGCGUAAGACGACAUCAAAGUUACCACCAGGAGCGGUUAAUCUCGAGCGAAGCUAUCAAAUCUGUCAAGCUGUCAUACAAAACAGUCCGAAUCGCGAAAACCUAAAAGCUCAGUUAAGACCACCAGCAGCUCUUUUAAACCAACAACAACAACAAACUGUGCAAACUUCCAAUUCUGCAGCGCUGGCAACCACCGCAGCAAAUGUGCUGAAAACACAAGACGAUGUAGUUGUCAAUGCUGUGACAACAGGACCAGCAAAUAGUCUGCCAAUAGGUUUACCCACUAACGUAAUGGGGGUAGGCAGGCCAGGCGUAUACAAGGUUAUUGGGCCUAGAAUGGGAUUUCCUCGUAAAAAAUAUGUACAACGCAAAUCAUCGCCCACUCUUAUACGUCAUGUGUUUGCGAAUCAAGGAACCACAAUGCUACAGGCGGCAAAUGCAGCUGCUACAAACGUGGGCAAUCAACAGUUAACAAUUUUGCAGCAGCCAACCGUACCCAGCCAGAGCGGGCAGCAUGUCUCGCAUGUCCAAGCACAUGAUAUUCAUCAUAAUGGGAAUGGCCAAUAUGUGCUUGUGCAUAGGGCUAAUGUAGGUGCGGCCGACAAUCAGGCACCUCGCGCUUCUAGUGCUCCCCCAGUUCCUCAAAAUCAGAAUCCGAUUCAUGGUUUAAAUGGGAUAUCAAUAACAGGACGCGGGCGUCCUGCUUCGGUUGAUGUAGACACUUUCAAUAGUACUUUGCAAGAUAUGCAAAACUCAUUACAGGUCAACAAUCCCAACACACAAAUUGUGAGAAGAAAUCUUCCAGCAGGUAACAUCUAUAUUGAAGGACUGGGAGUGGGCGAAGCAACUUCUAAUCUUGGGGAUGGUAGCGCUAAUUAUAUAGUAACUACAACAACGUCGGGUAUGUCGGGCAUUAUGGCUAGUGGAGCAUUGCGUUCAAAUCAACAGCCCGGUGGUGGCAAUAACAGCCCCAAUAACUUAGAUCCCAAUAACUGUGCCUGUUCUCUAAAUGCCAUGGUUAUAUGCCAACAGUGCGGAGCUUUUUGCCAUGACGACUGCAUAAGUGCUUCGAAAUUAUGUGUUUCUUGUGUAAUUAGAUGAGGAAACUGUUGCAAGCCGAAAAAUCUAUAGAUAUCCAAUGUCGUCAAACACAGCGUUAGUCAGUAUUCGCUCUCAAUGAUAAGAUUCUGAUGAUGAUGAUAUUCGGACUUCUGGAUGAGUGAUUUUUUUCAUAUGUCAUCAAUUAUGAAAUGUGGGAGAAAUUUAUCAUCUCCAAAAAUCAGAAAGAGUUUUUUUGUUAAAGUUCUGUUUUCUCUGUCUUUUCUUCUAUUUUUUAUGUUUUCCUUUUCUUUUUUUUUUUUAUUGUUUUCUAACAAUAUCUCUAAUAUUUUAUGCAAACUAAUUAAUCAAUUCUCCUCACUUUACAUACACAAAUACGAAUACACACACAUUUAUGUAUAUGCAUAUAGUGGGAUUUCUUUUUCUUUUUUUCUUUUUUUUUUUGUUUUAUUUAUUUUUUUUUUUUUCUUAAGAAAUUGUUUAGUUUUUUCCAUUUUUUUAGUAUUUUCGGGAACUCUUACGCAUAUGUACGUAUCGACAUUUUCUAUGGGCAUGAAUUAUAGUAGUUUUAGAGACUCGUUUAAAGUUAUAAUAUAUCAACAAAAUAUUACUUGAUAACAAAAAUUAAGAGAAAACAAAAAAAGUAAAAAGCAAAUCACAUUUGUAGUUGUUUCAAAAACACCAACAAUUAUAAUUAAAUUUUGAAAAUAUAUAAUGAAAAAAGAAAGAAAGAAAUUGAAAAGAAAUGCCCUUAAUAGGGCAAAUAAGAUGGAUAUGAAAGAAAAGAAAUACAAAUUUACACACAAAGAAGAAAGGAGGUGAAAGGAGGUCAAAUAGCGGAAACGAUCACAUAGGGAAACGGAAAGAGGGAGGGAGGGGGUAGAAAAGGAUGAUGAACAAAGUGAAAUUUAGAAUUUAAUUUGUUUAGAUUGCAUAUAUGGAUGUAUGAUUAUAAUAAGUUUUUAAUUCGUUAGAUUUUAGUAUUGUCGUGUUUAUUCACAAAUGUUUCUCAUCACAUUUCUUUCAGAAGUUAUUUCCUUCUUACAUUGACGACUGAAUGCGCGAUUUAGCGUUUCACAGUUAAGUUGACGUGUAAGAUAUGUUAGCGGCAUUGUCGUCAUAAAUAUGUUAAAGGAAUAUAUCAUCAAUUAGGAUAACAGGAAAAAUUUUUCAAAACUCGUUCUCAUUUAUAUAAUUCUAUUGAUUUAUAUGAAAUGGACAUCUUCUUUCGUUCCGUAACGUGAACAAUGAAUGAAUGAAUGAAUGAAUGAAUAAAUUGGAAUAACAAAAUAUUAUAUUUUAUUAUAUUUCUUAUCUCCCGUUUGUGAUGUUUGUGAAUAGUAAUUGUAAAUAAAUCAACUUAUACAUCCGUACAUAUGCAUACAUACAAACUUACAUACAUA